UGAGUGAGUGAGCGUCUCCAAAGUUUGAACCGGUCUCUCGGUUAAUUCUCUGCUGUUGCACGUUUGAGUGUUGAUCAACAACGGGACCGACCCGCGGACUAAAGGGGGGCAGAGGCAGUCCGGGCUCCUGGAGGAGCAGACCCUGAAGUGUGUCUGUUUUUAAAAGGACCUCCUGAGAGUCUGCUGGAGAAACAAAGAGUGAAGCGCUACUGUAGCUCCGCGCGCACGGACCCGCUGUCCUCCAUCCAGCACACCCUCAGGAGGAAGACCAUGGACUGAGAGCUCCUCGGAUCUGGGUCCCUUCAUUUGGUCGCGCGUGGAGUCCCACCUCACAACACAUGAGUCGGACUGACCGGACAGUAAACCCUCGGGGAUUAUAAUAAGGAGGGGCGAUGGAUAACUUCUUCACGGAGGGUGACCGGGUGUGGUUACGGGAGGACGAGCAGUACCUUCCCAGCACCGUGUCCUCGUGCUCUGGAGGUGUGGUGGCCUUCGCCACAGACUACGGCCAGGUGUACACCUACAAGCAGAAUGCUCUCAGCAGACAGAAGGUGCAGCCCAUGCACCACAGCAGCAUCAGAGGGGUGGAGGACAUGUCGGCCCUGGAGGACCUUCAUGACGGCGCCAUCAUGCACAACCUCUUCCUGCGCUACCAGCAGAGACACAUCUAUGUGAGUUCAAUACAUUUUGCAUCAUAAAUCAGCACUGGAAAUGAUGACUUCCUGUUUAUACCGAUGAGAAAACAUCAGAUCUGAGACACGUGAGCACGGAGAGAGCAUCUGACAUCUCUAUCUGCAGCAUCAGCGUUCAUGCUGCCGGCGUACGCUGCCUCCUUUGAGAAGCUCUUCUCAGAGGAAUGUCCCGUGAAGUUGCUCAAUUGUUCCCUAACAGCAGAGAUAACCGUCUAGACGCAGGCAGAUAAGAGGAGGUGACGGCAGAAGAGCUGGAGAAGAUGUUCUGUGGAUAUGAUGUGAAAACAGUUUUCCUUUCUGUCUCUGAUUGAUUACAGUGAAGGUUUAGUUCCAGGUUCACUGGUUUGAAACUCGUGUGCACUUGAUUGAAAGGUUUGUGUAACUCUGUGGAGCUUAAUACACAAAGUACAGGAGAGGGUACAGACAGCGGGUUUUUCACAAUAAAAUGUACAGAAGACCCUUCCUUACAAACUUUUAGCUGAUCAUUUUCUGCAAAACAUUUCAAAAUAAGAUAUGUUGUUGUUCUUUCUACACACAGGCUUGUUGGAUGUUUUCAGACCUGCUUUGAAAUGUGUCUUCAGCUUCUAUAAUGCUCCUUUCAUCCCUUAGUUCUUACUAAAACUACCACUUGUUUCUCCACAUAAGAAAAUAAAAUACAGUCGGUUUCAUUCUGUUACAUCAGAUCUUAUUCUGAGCUCUUGUGGUUGAGCCAUGAACUCUGCCAGUAGUCAUUCUAGAUGCUGCUAUUCUCUGCCACACGGGGUUUAACGUUUGUUUCAGCCUUCACUAAAGUAGUGCUGCAGUCUGUGAUGUGUUAUUAUAAAGCACUCAUCACAUGUAGCUACUUUGUGCAGGUUUCAUCUAAACACAGACAGUAUAGUGAAACAUCACGCAUUACUGUUCUGUGACUGCAAAUAUAACAACUUCUGUCCGCUCGGUUCUCGUGAAUCUGUUCUAAUCGGAGAAAACAAAUCAAAACACUUUCACUGUUCCACCGUGUUUAUGGGAUGUUUGAAGUGUUGUUGAAGUGCGGCUUGUUUCUGAUGUUUUCCGCAUCGACCAGGUAGAGGGAUGUUCUGCCUUCUGUUGGUUCCAGGUUGUUAAACCCGGACGGCGCUGAACGGAGCUCCUUGUUCGGCAGCCAAGAGCAACAGGUUGCCAAGUGAGAGGGAGGAUGAUCCCAGUUUGGGUUCUGUUUGGUUUGAAGCUGUUUUUAGAUGCUGGUAUUCCAGCGGUGGCCUCACGGGGAGUUCUUGGCGUGAGUCAGUGGGUCCUGGCUCGGAUCUGAUAGCGUCCGUGUCGUCCAGGCUGUGAGACGGGACAGUUAAGAGCAUGUUAGCUUUGGAGCGAAACCUCAGUGAGUCUAAAAGAUGCUGUUUGUCUCUGUGCCGUGUGGGUCAUAUGGUCACGUUGGUUCCUUCUACUUGAGCUGUGCUUUGUUAGCCUCUGUGUCUCUCUCCAACGAGCUGGAACAUGUUGUUGAAGAUGUUUGUCCGUACAAUAAAUUAAAAGGGAACUCUGCAUCUUUCACACAUCAAAGUGUGUUUCCAGGAGUUUAGGGAGUUUACUGUCAAGUUGUAAAAGUCUUCUGUGUGUCCAGAGACCCACUGAUGGGACGACAGACUCAUGGGCUAUUUAUGUGGAAUAAUUAGUUUUAAUUAACUUUAACCCUUUCAGUGUGAUUUUAGUUCAUGAAAGUUGAUUGUAACGUUUGGUUGCUUGAAAAAGUCUUAUUCAGUGUUCGGUUGUAGCUCCGCCCUCUCGCGGAGUUAGGGUUAGGGUUAGUAGUUUAUUCUCGGGGUUUAGGGACUCGAGCCGGUCGUCCUUUCAUUUUAAACAUGUUGAUCGUUAAGGCAGCAAUUGGACUAAACUGCAAACGAGCACAACAAAUCCUCCAAAUUAAACAACAAAAUACGUUGUUUGUCCACAUCCAUGUCUUCUGAUCUGAAGCAUCUGUCAGACUUCAUCUCUCUGUGCCUUCCAAACUUAAAUAAAUCAGUGUUAUGAUGUGACAAUGCGUUGGUUAAGGUUAGGUUAGGUUCAGCACAAACAAGCCUCUCUUAGGUUCAGGGGGUGUUUGUUGGGGCAUCACUAGUAAUAUAAAGUCUUAGCAGCAGUAACAGUGGAUGUAGGCGUUGUAGUAAUGUUCAGAGACGUGCUAACAAAGUAAUGGGAUGUAAAGUAAUGUAUUCCACACUGUCCUGCUUUACACCGCGAGCUGAUGAGCAGACAAAGCAGCUCUGUUGCUGCUGACCCUGGCCACAGUACAGGAGCCUAUGAAAGUCUACCGUACGGCGUAAGGAACAAAGGAACAUGUAGGACAAUCAGCUCUCCACAAUUACUGUCUGCAUUAUGUGAUUAUGCACUGAUAAACAAACCUGACCCAGCACUAAACAAGCCCACGACAAAGCCAGCCUUGUGCUUCUCUGCACGCAUUCUCCG